AUGGCAGAUCCUCUUUUCUCUCCAGCAGCCUCAACUGCCUCGGCGACUUCCACGAAUCCGAAUACUCCGCGCUCGAGUGAGCUACAUGAAGGAAAUUCGCAAGCAGAUCAAGGAAAUGUCGAUACUGGCUGUCAAGCGGUGGCGAUUGAUGCCGCGCCUUCAUCACCUUCAUUGCCUUCAUCGCCAGAGUCGCCUAGGACGAGAAUUCAAGAUAUCCAACCGACAUGGCCCAGUAAAAUAGACCGCACGAAAAUACGCGCAGAGGCUUGCUGGCUUGACCAAACCAUGGAUAAUGUCUUGCUAGAUAUACACUGGGCUGGACAGCAUGGCCGCGCAUUUUUGAAACUUCACACAACCUUGCACCUGGAGGGCGCACCUGGUGCUUCUCGGCAUGGCCUCGUAAACGCCUACAUCUUCAUAUAUCCAGAGCGAAUACGCCAGCUUUCAUUCACCUCACAGCCCCAAUAUUCACCUUUUGGCCCGCCUACCAUUGCUCUCACCUUUGAUCUUAGUAGACCACCUGCCCUCAUUCUCCCCAAGACAUACACCAGUUUUGGGCCUGGAGCAGAAGCCACGAUGCAAUCUCUUCGUAACCUUAUUCAACAGACAUAUUUCACCGUCUUCGCGUCUCUUCCAAGCAGAAUGCUCUCAUCAUCGUGGCUGCAGCAAUUUUGUCAAGACAUCACAGAGCACAAAUUCUCAACCAUUGCAGCUCUCGCAAACUUGAAGUCUCUGUAUCAAGGCCAUGGCGCUCGGGCGGUUGAAGGCGAUGGUCCGUUUGAAGCUGUUUGUGACCAGGGUAGUGCUGCUGCCCCUGUUGCCCUUGUUGCCCCAGAGCUCCCAGCUUAUGAAGAGGCCAACCCAAGUUUUCCUCCUUCACGAUCUACUAAGAGAAAAAGGUCUUAUGAUGAGAGCUCUGCGAUGGGGCAUGACUCCAAGUCGACGGGAAUUGCAGCUAUGCAAGCCCUCAUUGGAGACAUGCUCGAGGCAAAGCUCACCGCUCAUGAGCGCAGGGUGGGGGCGAUGCUGUCUGCGCAUGAGGACAAAGUCCAGGAGAUGCUAUCUGCUCACUUGUGCAAGGUAAAUGAGCAGUUGGCCAUCAACAACUACAGUAUCGCAGAUCAGAUUGAUGCUGUAGAGGAGCGGGUAAAGAGUGAUGUGGUGAAUGAGUUUACGGACACGAUCAACAACAGGAUACUUGAAGAGAUGGAGGGAGUGCAAGAAUCUGUCAUGGAGCAGAUUACUUCAAUGCCCUUGCAAGCUCACCUAACGUUUCCCAACCAUCCGUACCUUUAA